UAUUAAAGCGCGAAAGUGUGUCUUAAGUUGGUAAUGUCUCGUUCUCUGGUUAUAUUGAAAGAUAUCAAAAAUUGGAAUAUCUUCAGUGGGUUGUGUAUACGUCGACCCGCAGUUAUUGCACCAGAAUUAAAACCACUUGAGAAACAAGUAGCCAACUUAAUUGAAAAGGUCGACUUUGAGAGAAGCCACUUGUCGGCACAUGAAUUAAGACAUGAAAUUGAAACCAAAAGAAUUGCUAAUGCCCUUUCAAAUGGAAUAAGUAAUAAUGCACAAGAAUCACUUAUAACUGCUCGUGAAGCGGAAAUAAUGUGGGAGUUAGAAGCUGAGCAGUAUAAGCCAGCAGAAAGAUUGACAGAAAAUGAUAAAUCUGUAAAUUUAAAGUCCGCCUGGCGUGCGUUAGAUAAAUCUUUGUACUUGUUAGUCCAAUCCCCGAAAAAUGUAUCUAGUGGAUGGAAUCUUCCAACUGCACCAGUAUCCGAUGGAAAAAAUUUAAGACAGGUCGCUGAUUCUAUAGCAACAAGUUUAUUACCACCAAGAGCUAAAUGGUGUAUAUUUGGCAAUACACCAGUUGCUGUUUGGUUGACUAGAGAUAGAAAUAAAGAAGAUACUGGCACACAGGUAAGUAUAUAUUUACUAAGUACUAAUAGGUUUUUGUUUGUUUUUCAAAAAUAGUAGAAAUCAUCUAGUUGGGUGGUUUUCAGAGAUCUAUUUGAUUUUUAGAGGAAGUUUGUUUUUAUCAUAGGCUGACAUUUGGAGGAUCAUUGAGAUCUAGUUGUUUCGUCAUGGUUUGAAACUUUGGAUAUUCUGAACUGAAUGGUUAACUCGUGAAGCUUUCAUUCUUUCUAGACAUUAUCUCUACCAUACCCUCUGCUUUGUAGUGAUCAGGCUUGUAUAUCCGUAUUGCUAAAUCAAACUAUAUUAUUACUAUUAUUAUUAAUGGCUUUAUUCAAUAUUAUCUUCUUGGUACAAUAUAGAAUUCUCAGCACAGGAUAUUGGUUUCUUCAAGUUCUACCAGUUCCAAAAGUAGAGCUGAAGACAACUCAAAGUCUGAGGGCAAAGGUGUACUGCCAGCUGUAUAGAAAUAUGACAUCUGCAGGUUCGUGGACACGGUGAGUCCACCUAGGGGAGUUGGACAACCCUGAUUCCAAAUCAAUGGUGCACAUGGGCUCCAGUAUCCUGAAGGAACAAAUGGCGUAUGAACUAAUCGUUGGUCACCGGCUACCAUAGGACUGCAUCUCCUUACGAUGCUCCACUGCUUUGUGGAUCAGAACUUCAGGUCGAAGGCUCCGUGUGUGGCCCCUAAGAAAACCACCUGCUUCGGUUUGGGCACCAGGGCAGUAUCACAGCCCUCACAUAUAUCGAAUGAGAUUUUUGUGGCGCAUAUGCAUUCGGUGCCUCCUUGUACCAAUGUUUAUGUGUCUAAAUAAAUAGACUAGUGUAAGCGAUCCAGUGUCGUAUGUAUUAUGAUUUAUUGUGGUAUGUGCUACUGAUAUCGAUAGAUAUAAGUAGUAUGUAUCACCAAUCGAAAUUUAAAUGCCUAAAGGCAGAAGAUCGAAGGAAAGAGUACGAGAACAGAGAAUGAUUAGUGUGGAAACGUAGGAAUAAUCAAAUCUGAGACGACUGAUUGACAUUUCGCAAAUAAAGUAUUUACUGUAUGGUUUUUUUUGCAAUUUUGUGUUCAAAUUACAUUCGAUUGUCCCCACCUGUGUUUUCGUUCAGAACAAUGUGAGAUGAUUAGAAGAGGUGUGUCGCAUAUAUAUUUGGUGCCGCCUUGUACCAAUAUCCAUGUAUUCAAAUAAAUAAAUGAUAAUAAAAAUGACAUCUGCAAUGAUGAUGCCUCUCAACAACGGGUAAAGAUUGUCAAUGUUAGAAAAUAACACACCUAGCCUAGUACAGAUUUCUGUUGACAGAACAACAUAUUACCAAUCAUAAUGAUAUUCAUAUAUUCUCUUUCUGUUUAUUUUUAUAGGUAUACUUUUUCAAUGUCUACGUUGAUAGACAUUGGCAUGGUGAAGAUUUAAUUAUAAAUAAUGAUUUCAAUAUUAAUAAUUUUGCAUGGAUACCAAGAACUGAAUUUAAAAAAUUUAUUCAACCAAAAACACUUUUAAAAACUUUAAAAUCAUUCGCUAUUGACUAUUGAAUUCUUUAUUUAUUCUCUCUCGUCAUUGUACAGAAAUGAAAUUGUUGUAAAUAACUUUUUUUUUCUUCUCUACUUCAAAUAAAGUUAUAUUAAUGAAUGA